AUGCCUCACUCGUUUGGUACUCGGGCGCGUACGCGCCACAUGUUCGCGAAGAAGUUUCGCCAACAAGGACCCAUCCAUUUGUCCCAAUACUUGAUGAAUGUCAAGGUCGGGGACUAUGUUGAUAUCUUUGCCAAUCCGUCCAUCCACAAGGGUAUGCCAUACAAGGGAUACCACGGACGUACCGGUAUUGUCUUUAAUGUCACCAAGAGUGCCGUAGGUGUCCGUGUCAACAAACUCGUCAAUGGAAGAAUCAUUGAAAAGAGAAUCCAUGUUCGUAUCGAACACGUACGGGCAUCCAAAUGCCAAAAGGAAAUCUUGAGACGUAAGAAGGAAAACGAGGCCGCCAAGGAAGAGGCUCGCAAAACGGGAAACAAGGUCAACCUCAAGCGUACUCCCAAACUUCCCAAGGCAGCAUACCUUUUGGAAUCCCCUGGAGAUGGAGAACCCGUCACCACCAUUCAACCACUUCCCUUCAGUGAUCUUGUGUAA